CCUCAGCUCUGGGCUGCACUUUCGCUGGGAUCGUUGCGUAUAUUAAGUUUUUCAUCUGCGCAAACAGCUCAGUAGUGUAAAAGGUCGUGAGGUGUUCAAGAUGGCGACUGUUUGAAGUUCGCACUCUCUGUACGUUCAUGCAUACACACCCCAUGCUGACACCACAGGGCAUCGGUUUAUGCUGUGACAAAGGCAUCAGUCCUGCCCACUGUCCUGCACAGCUAUGGCCAAAGACCAGCCAAAUGUGUUUGACCUUGUCCCUCUUCUGGGGUCCACUGACCUACAUGAGCUGGAGCAGGUCAAAAACCUGCUGCAGGAAACACUCAGCGCAGAUAAAGGGACCAUGUUGCUGAAUAGCCUUGUGGAGUAUUUCCAGGAGACAAGCUCAUCUCAAGCUGUGGACAUCCUGUCUUCUGUCAGGGAGCCGCAUGAUAAGUAUCUUUUAGAUAAGAUGAAUGAAUGCAUGGGCAAGCAGAGCUGCCGUCUCUCCACCAUCACCCUCCUUGGCCAUAUUGUUCGCAAGCAGCCACCGUGGAUCCACAAGAUCGCUCGCUUCCCUCUGCUUGCCUCGCUGCUCAAAUGCCUCAAGACUGACUCUGAUGUUGUAGUUCUCAUAACCGGUGUGCUGGUGUUGAUUGCUCUGCUACCCAUGAUUCCGCAAACCAACAAACAACUUCUCUGCGAGUACUUUGAUAUCUUUGGAAGGCUUGCUGCCUGGAAUCAGCGUCAUCCAGGUCAUGCUCACGGAGUGUUUGCAGUCCAUCUACAUGCCAGCGUAUACUCGCUUUUUCAUCGUCUAUAUGGCAUGUAUCCUUGUAAUUUCGUUUCUUACUUGCGUGCCCACUACAGUAUGAAAGAAAAUGUUGACACGUUUGAGGAAGUGGUGAAGCCCAUGUUAGAGUAUGUACGGAUACAUCCUGAGCUCAUCACUGGAACCAAAGACUAUGAGGUUGAUCCGAUUAGAUGGAAGAGAUUUGAGCCUCAUGAUAUUGUGAUUGAAUGUGCCAAAAUUUCGCUGGAUUCUAAGGAGGCAUCGUCUGAAGAAGGAUACUCCUCUCUGUCGGAUCACAUACCACGGCGCCCUGUAGACCACAGUAGAUCAUGCUCAGAGCUCAGCAUCCAUGAAACCACAUCUGGCACACCAGUGGCCACUGUUCGUCAGUCUCUUUCUCUGUCACUACCUUAUCUCACUGUAACCCAAGACUCAGGUUCCAGCGCGCAGACCCCCAAUCAUCAGAGUGAUGGGAUGAACGCCUCAGGAACAAAGGAGGAGAUGUGGAGUCCUUCUGCAGCAUGUGGGAUGACCACCCCUCCCAGCUCUAGAGGAAUGUCCCCCACCACAGUGUCUGACAUCUCACAUAGUGCCUCCCACCUCUCAGGACGGAUCCCCAGCACUUCAGGGGAUGGAAAAUGGACCCUAUCUCCCUCCACGCCCUCAGGGUCAUCUCCUCUCCCAUCACUCUCAGAGGAAAUAGGGCAGCCUGCCCAAAACACCAGCAGUACUCAGGCUAAGGUGAAUCAGACGGGCAAAGAGCUGAAGAAAGUCACACCUAGAAGUAUUAAUAACAACAGAGGUGCAAGUGAUGCUAAGACUCCGGUGUCAUUGGCACAGCUCUCUGACAUUGUCAAAAGGUCAGACGGGGAGAGAGAAGAUGAUACCAUCAAUGAGGAGAUUUUGAGUCUGACCCAUGGGAGACUGGAUUUUGGAACGAGGCCGGGCCUGGAUUCCUCAUUUUCCGGCUCCCUGGACACCCUCCUCCCAUCUCACCCCAGCCAUGAGCAGAAUUUAGUAUCCACACCGGACAGGGUUGAAUUUUCUGCCAAAGGAGGAGAGCAGCAAACUUGGUUCCUCUGGCCUGCUUUUACCCCCAUCGAGAACGGGAAGAGCAGUAAAUGUUCUCUGUCUGAUCUGACGAAGGAGUCCAUGCCUUAUGAGCCGCUGUUUGACCUCGCCCUGCCUAAAGUGGCAUCUCUGUUUUUGGAGAGGAAGACUGCAGAGGCCAUCCGGAAGGCUGAAGAGGAAAGUGUGCACAGAGAGGAGCUAGAAGGGGAAGAUCUUUCUGCCACCUCCCCUCUGGAGGUGUUGGACCGUGUUAUUCAACAGGGUCACGACACCCAUGAGAAAGUGCUGAAGAGAACUCUGUCUUCUCAAAGCCAAUCAUCAGACACGCACUCUGGAGGUAAACAGCAUAGCAAUAAAGGAAAAGGUCCUGUGUCGGCAGCGUCGGAUGAGCUGGGGAUGUUGCGCAGUCAACUCCUUUUGCUGCAUAACCAGCUGCUGUAUGAGAGACAUAAGAGAGAGCAACAUGCACUUCGUAACCGCCGUCUGUUCGGACGUAUCGUCAACGCUACAGCGCUGGAAGAGCAAAACAACUCCAUGAAAACCCAACUCAAGCUUCAGGACAUUGAGAUCCAGGCUGUGCAGGUAAGCCUGAAAGAGGAACAGCGGCGCUCCAGGCAUGUACAGGAAGACAGAGAUGCUUUUGUGAACCAACUGCAGACUCAAAUCCAGCUGCUACAGAAGGAGCGGAAUGACUACUACUCAAAGAUGCAGGAGCUGAAGAGUGAUUUGCAAGAGAAUCAGAAGAAGGUUGGAGAAAUGGAGGCAGAGCUCCAGAAAGCCAAUAACAAAGUGUGUAAUUUGGGACACUUGCUCAGCCAGCUGUCCAUCAAGCUGAGUAAUAGUGAAAACAUGGAGCAGCAGAUGGCUUUCCUCAACAAGCAGCUGCUGCUUUUGGGUGAAGCCAACAAGUUAUGUGUGGGGGAAAUCGACCGCUUGGGGCCUGAGGCUAGCAAGGAGCUGAACAUGCUGCAGGCAUCUUCACUGCGUGAGAGUGAGCGUUUGAAGCAGAACUCUCUUCAGCAGAGUCAGAGACUUGAAGCCGCCCAACAGCGCAUCACAGACCUGGAGACCCAACUCUCAAAGAAAGAGCAAGUCAUCCGAGAGCAAAAGAAACUGCUGGAGAAUGUCAAAAGCCAGGCCACUGAGCAGCUGCAGGCUUCAGAGAACAGGUAUCUGGCCCAGAAGCACAUCACUCAGGCAUUACAAUCUGAGCUACUUGAGCUCUUUAGCCAGAUAGAGCUCAAAAACCUGAACACUAAAUCACCAGCAGAGCCCACUUCUGAGCCUAGCAGUCCCAUCAACCAGAGGCCAAAUGGCAACAGUACAGGCCCAUCUGCUCUGUCUUUAUCCGCCGACCCAAUGAAAAAAGAGGAAGGCAUGCACGUGUGUGUCAAUGGUGAAAUAUCUGCCGGGUCUCCUGCAACACCCACAGCACUCAUUAAUGGCAGUCAGGAAGAAGAUCUUUCCGCCCUUACCCAUUCAUUUCCUGCCCUCCCCUGCAACUCCCCGCUGGCUGUUGGCUCUUACCCCAGUACCGGAAGCUUUUUGGGUAAGAGAGCUAGAGAGAUGUUCCGAAAUAAGAGCGAGAGCCACUACGAGGGUGAGCCAGCCACCUUCACCUGCCUCUCUAAGGAUCUUAAGGUUGAGCCAAUCACAGACCCCACAGAGAGCGUGGAGCUCGAAGAGGCUGCUGACCUGCAGCCAAUGGACAGACCCCGGGCGUAUAAUAUUCAGCGAAGGAGGCAGCAGGAUCUGAGAAUCAUGGACUACAACGAGACCCACCAUGAGCAUUGAUUGUACACUGCUGACAUGAUUGCCCGCAGUUAGAAGAAAUAAUUUUGGACCCAGUAUUAGAAUGCACUGCUCUUUUUGUUGGAGUGGUUUGUUGGAAAGUUUUAGUUAAUUUUAAAAGCUACUACAAAUCGCCAAAAAAAGAAAAAGGUUGUCGCUUGGCAGUUGCCACCGUGGCAAAAGAACAUCUUGUCUUCAAAAAAGCUUCACAUCUGUUAUGAAUUCAUUGUAAUUCACUAUUUUUGUUUUGUUUUUUAUAUCUGGCAUGUAGUGAGCGACCGUGGUGAUUAUAUUGCGUGGUGGUUGGAUGUUAUUCAGGCCUCACUGUACUUUUCAGCAAAUGUAUUGACUUAAUCACUGUAUUUGCUCUUGUAAUAGUACCGUUCGGUUUCCAAUCCUCCCUAAUCUGUGCACGCAAAAUGCCCCCUUGAGUCGAGCAAGACGAGCAUUGCUAAUUUCCACUGAUAUGACUCCGAAAUGGCACAAUACGGAGUGUGAUCACUGUAAAUAGAGCAUGCCAACCAACCAGUCAGUCUGAUGAAAAUGUGAAAAAAAAAAAAACAAAA